AAAACGGCAUUUCGUCGGCCAAUAUCUCCCUCAAACGUGCAAGUUGAAAUUCUUAUUUCUUUUCAGGUUCUUUGUCAAAUUGAUCUAGUAACAUUAAUCAUGUCCUACACAGCUCGUUCCGUUGCCCCAGCCCACACCUUGGAGCACAAGGUUUACAUUGAAAAAGAUGGUAAGCCAGUCUCUCCAUUCCACGACAUUCCAUUGUACGCCAAUGAAGAAAAGACCAUUUUGAACAUGGUUGUCGAAGUUCCAAGAUGGACCAACGCCAAGAUGGAAAUCAACAAGGAAGACAAGUUGAACCCAAUUGUUCAAGACACCAAGAAGGGUAAGUUGAGAUUUGUCCGUAACUGUUUCCCACACCACGGUUACAUUCACAACUACGGUGCCUUCCCUCAAACUUGGGAAGACCCAAACGUUGCCCACCCAGAAACUAAGGCCAAGGGUGACAACGAUCCUUUGGAUGUUUGUGAAAUUGGUGAAGCUGUUGCCACUGUUGGUGAAGUCAAGCAAGUCAAGGUUUUGGGUGUCAUGGCUCUUUUGGAUGAAGGUGAAACUGACUGGAAGGUCAUUGUCAUUGACGUCAACGACCCAUUGGCUCCAAAGCUUCACGACAUUGAAGAUGUCGAAACCCACUUGCCAGGUUUGUUGAGAGCCACCAACGAAUGGUUCAGAAUCUACAAGAUUCCUGAUGGAAAGCCAGAAAACCAAUUCGCCUUCUCUGGUGAAUGUAAGAACAAGAAGUACGCUGAAGAAGUUGUUACUGAAUGUAACGAAGCUUGGGAAAAGUUGAUCAAGGGUGAAACUCCAGCCGAUGACAUUGACUUGACCAACACCACUUUGUCUGAAUCUGCUUCAUUCUCUGCUUCUGCUGCCACUGAAGUUCCAGCUGCUACUAACGAACCAGCCGCUCCAAUUGACAAGUCUAUUGACAAGUGGUUCUUCAUCUCUGGUGCCCACUAAAUAUUUUAUAGUGUGAAUGAAUUGCAAGGUAUCUGAAUUAAA